AGUCCGAGUCGGCGUGAGUGAGUGCGCGUCGAGUCAGCGAGCGGCGAGCCAGCGCCUUCGGUAUAUGAUUUCGUCAAACCAAAACGUUCAAUUUUUUGUUGUGUGUAUUGGUUACUUUUUGUAUUUCAUUUCUUGAGUGGGGAAAAUCGAAAAAAUUACCGUCGGUAAACACACAUACACACACACACACACACGCACACCGAACCGCCGCUGUCUGUUUUUUUUGUUUUUCGUUUUCAAUUUUUUGGCCAUCAAUUGCUCAAACAUUCUUCUCCAUUGAUGAAUACUAUAUCCGAUUGAUCUAAACAAAAAGAUCUGAGCGACGGAGAACGCUGUGCUUGGUACUCUAGAGUGUUGAAUAGAUUAGAUCCUUUCGUUCACAUGCAGGGCAUGGCUACAACGGCGGCUGCGGCAACCACAACAACACCAACAACAGCAACAACGACUACGAAAACGCCAACAACAUUAGCAGCAAACACACCAGCAACAUCACCAUCUACAUCAUCAUCAUCAUCAUCAUUAUUAGCAGCAAUACCAACAUUAGCUCUAAUAAGGACAUCAAGCAAAAUAAUAGAUUAUAAUAAUACAGAUCAUACAGGCAUUGGAAUGCCACCAGCAAUGGGCUUGCCGCCGCAUAUGCAGCAACUGCAGCCCAUAAACGUGGGAAGUAGUACCUCACCGACAAUAUCAUCAUCGUCUACACCCACAGCGCUAACACCACUACUGACCCCUGGCACCACUUCACCCACGGGUCCUUCGUCUGCACCACCAUCAGUAGCGGCAGCAGCAGCAGCAGCGGCGGCAGCCACAUCAUUGGGACACAAUCUGUUUUGUGGUGCCAGUGCCGGUGCACCAGCAGGCACACCACCUUCCGCAGGAGCAGCCACAAAUCUCAGUGCUUUGGCAUCACAGCAUCGGCUACUGGAAUUAUCACGCUUUGGUCUAAGAGGUUAUGAUCUGGCCCAACAUAUGCUGUCCCAGCAAGGCGCCGUCUCCAAGCUAUUAGGCACCUUGAGACCACCUGGACUGAUUGGUGGCUCCAAGCCCAAAGUUGCCACACCAGCAGUUGUCUCCAAAAUCGAGCAAUAUAAGCGAGAGAAUCCAACGAUAUUUGCCUGGGAAAUACGCGAGAGACUGAUUACCGAAGAAGUUUGUACAAAUGCCACGGCACCUUCGGUGAGUAGUAUCAAUCGAAUUUUACGGAAUCGUGCUGCCGAACGAGCGGCUGCUGAAUUUGCUCGAGCUGCUAGCUAUGGCUAUGCCAUGCAUCCCACACAUCCGCAUCCUUAUACUAGUUUUCCCACAUGGACAACGGCACAUCAUCCACUGUGGGGAGCAGUGCCAUUGGCAGCUGGGCCCACUUUGCCGGGAAAUGGUAGCAAUAAUUACAGUAAUAAUACUAGCAGCAAUGAUAUUAUAGCCAAUGCCAAUGUGACUACCACAGCCGGUAACAUUAACAACAACAACAACAACAGCAACAACAAUAGCAACAGCUUCUGUGGAGGCAGCAGUGCGGGAAGCGGACGUUUGUCCUUGCCAGCCUUAUCACCAGAUUCAGGCAGCCGGGACAGCCGUUCGCCUGAUGCAGAUGCCAAUCGUUUGAUAGAUAUUGAGGGUGAGGACAGUGAUUCGGAGGAUAGUGAUCAACCGAAAUUUCGACGUAAUCGCACAACCUUUAGUCCCGAGCAAUUGGACGAACUGGAAAAGGAGUUUGACAAGUCACAUUAUCCUUGCGUUAGCACAAGAGAAAAAUUAGCUGGACGCACAGCUCUAAGUGAGGCGAGAGUUCAGGUUUGGUUUUCCAACAGACGAGCGAAAUGGCGACGCCAUCAACGGGUCAACUUGCUCAAACAGCGCGAUGUUUCGAUAUCACCAAUACCAUCAUCAGCAGCAGCAGCAACAACAACAGCAGCAGCAGCAACCACAACAACGUCAACCAUAGCUCCAAAUCCUCAUCCCAAUUCACAAUCAAUAUCAAUCGGUUUGGACAUACCGCAACCAUCGGCGCCGCUGCCUCCGCCGCAGCCGUCGGCGACUUCGAAUUUGACAACGGCGUCAACAACACAAGCCCAAAUUUUCUACAACAACCACAUGAACAUCAACAGCAGCAGCAGCAACAGCAACAUCAACGAGGUCGAUCCAGCAGUGCCACAUCAUCAACAUCAUCAUCAUCCACCACUAUCACCUUUGGCCCUUCAUCCGGCAAUGGCAGCAGCGGCAGCAGCAGCGGUGGCCGCAGCGGCACCACCUCCGGCUGUAUCACCCACAGCAUCAGUUCCAUUAUUAAUGGGAGGUGAGCAUAGCGCUUUUCGUAGUGCUUUACCCAUGACACUACCAUCUGCUUCGGCGGCGGCAUUCGCCUUGAAUUUCGCACGUCAAUAUAUUGCCAAAUAUAUGGCCACACCACAGAUGAAUCCAGCUCCACCACUGAAUGCUGAGGAUGAGGAGAUCAAUGUGGAACAUGACAAUGAGUGAGAGAGAUGACUAAACGACAGACAGAGUGAGAGAGCGCGAAAAAGAGUUGACAGCAAUUCAAUCCUGAUUUGUCCAGUUUCCUAUUGCUUUAAUACAAUUUUUUUUAAUUUUUAAAAUUUUUUUUUAAACUAU